UACGCGGCAGGCUUCCCUGAGCCCCGUUCGUUCCGUAGCUAGAGCCUAGAAAUCGACUACUCGACCGCGCCGCCCUCCGCCGGUCCGCCCCCCGUCCGCCGCCAUCUCCAUCGCAUCCACCACGGCUACCAAGCCCGCGGUCGGCAUGGCGCAGCGUCAAGAGAGUCCAGGGGAGGAGGGGGAGGAGCAGCGGCUGCGGGCGGCCGUGCGGCACCUGCAGGCGGAGGCGGGGGUGCUGGAGCGCCUCGUGUACAAGCACAGGAACCAGCACCGCAGCGCCGCCUACUUCCAGUACCUCCUCAAGGUGAGGAGGGACCUGAAGCUGCUGCUGAGCGCCAAUAUCGUGGAGGUCCUCAACGCCACGUUUCCCGUACUCGCCAGCCGCAAGCCACCCAACACGAUCCUUGUGCCCAGCAGGCAGGCUAAGAAGAAGCCUGGUGCAAACCAUAGUCACCAUAAGAGGCUUUUAGGGGUUGCCCGUUUGUUAUCUCAGAUGGCUGAACCAGUCAUGAAGGGAGCAGUUCAGAUCACAUUUUUACUUGCUAGAUCGUUUUUUGUAGACCUUUGCGCAGCACUGCUCGCUUUGCUUGCUAGAGUGAGGGUCCUGAUCCAACAGAUGUUACUUGAUGUUGUAUCAAUAUAUAAUAAGGUUACUGAUCUUACGGAUAGGAAGCAGGCUGUUCGGAUCAGUAUUGAUAGGGUGCAGGCUUUCAGAGAGUAUUACCCCUCAAGCAAUGAUCCCAAUACUAUCCUGGAGUGUGUAUGGGUGAAAGAUAAAUUUGUUUUGAAUGAAAGGACCAAAGCUAGCUGUCAGAAAGCCCAAGAUGACAUUCAGAAGUCUUGUACUCCAGAUUUAUCAAUCCAGUAUGAGACUCUUGGACUUGUUAGUGAAGAGAUGGAAAAUCUUGAGGGAUCAAACUCCCCAGCCAAGCAACAAGAUGCUUCCCUGUUAGACCAAUCAGAUAAAACCAUCCAUCACGGUGGCGAUGCUGGAGAUUCUCAUAGUGGGGGGCAAUUACCAAAUGAAAACACUGUGGAUUCUCUUCCUGACACGCUCGCCGCACCUGUGCAUUCAACUCAAAAUGCAGAUUCCAAAUCCGAGACGAAGAAGAGAGUGGCAUUCAUCGCAGUCGGGAAACCAAAAGUUACGGUGACACCACCCGAAACAAGAUCAUACGUAGUAACUAAGAAGCAAAGACUGGACACGAUUUGACACGCCAUUGCUCAAUCCUGCUUUGUUACUUCGAAAGAACAGCUACAGUGAUGAGGCAAAGAAAGGGAAAUUUAUACACUAGAUGUCUAGAUCAAUGUAUCCAUUAGAUGAUUUGAUAGUCUUGGCUAGCCUGACAUGAGGUGUUGCCAGGCUGCCGCCUGGAGCUUGUUUGGUGCCUGAAAAAAGAAGUUUCUGUGGUGUAGCUAUUAAACAUCCCGACAAAUACAUUAUCACCAUCGUGGUAACUAAUACCAACCACUAUGGUAACUACUCCCUCCGAUCCUAAAUUGUUGUCAAAA